AUGGCGAACGCCGUCUUUGACAACAAUUCGAGUGAAAACUCCACGGGUAAAGAGGUGCCGAUCGAAAAGGUCUCGAAUGACUCUUACGGCAAUGCACCACGAAGACUUUCGACCAGCGGUGAUGUAGCAGUCAAGAACACCUACGUGUACAAUGAACUUCCGUUCUGGACGCGCAUGGGAUGCACUCCCGACUCUUUCAGGCCACGCACGUUGGAAGACAAGCACAACCAACUCAAUCAAACACUCCGCUCUCGACACAUGCAUAUGAUUGCGAUCGGCGGCUCCAUCGGCGCCGGUCUUUUUGUUGGAUCUGGUGGUGCGCUGGCAACAGGUGGUCCUGCAUCGUUGCUCAUCGAUUUCAUGAUCAUCGGUAUCAUGAUCUUCAACGUUGUCUAUGCACUCGGCGAACUGGCAAUCAUGUAUCCUAUCUCCGGCGGCUUCUACACAUAUUCAACAAGGUUCAUCGACCCUUCAUGGGGCUUCGCGAUGGGCUGGAAUUACUGCCUGCAAUGGGCGGUUAUCCUUCCUUUCGAGAUCGUGGUUGCAUCCGAGUGUAUUCGCUAUUGGGAUAAUACUACAAGCCAAGCCGUUUGGUACACUAUGUUCCUGCUCGUCAUCAUCAUCAUCAACAUCUUUGGUGUUCUUGGCUAUGGUGAAGAAGAAUUCUGGUCCAGCCUUCUCAAGCUUGCCACAAUCAUCAUCUUUAUGAUUGCUGCUUUGGUCUUGGUUUGUGGUGGGGGACCAAGUGAUGGCAUGUUCGGCGAGUAUUGGGGAGCUAGGAACUGGUAUGAUCCAGGCGCGUUCAGAAACGGUUUCAAAGGCUUCUGCUCCGUGUUUGUGACAGCUGCCUUCUCUUUCGCAGGGACUGAACUCGUUGGUCUUGCGGCUGCAGAAUCAAGAACCCCGUUGAAAUCACUGCCCUCAGCCGUCAAGCAGGUGUUCUGGCGUAUAACGCUGUUCUACAUUCUGUCAUUGACAUUCAUCGGUCUCUUGGUCCGUUCUGACGAUGAGCGCUUGUUCGGAGCCGGUAACUUCAUUGACACCACCGCAUCCCCUUUUGUCAUCGCUGCUGGAGACGCUGCCUUGACUGGAUUUGAUUCUUACCUCAACGUCGUCAUCCUGGUAUCCGUCGUCUCUAUCGGUAACUCGGGAGUCUAUGGUGGCAGCCGAACUUUGACCGCUCUAGCCGAACAAGGCUAUGCACCACGCAUCUUUGCCUACAUCGAUCGUGCUGGUCGGCCAUUGUUCUCGACGAUUUUCAUUAUUGCCAUGGGGGCUCUCGCGUACAUUGGAGUAGCUGACCAAGGAGUGGAAAUCUUCGAUUGGCUUUUGGCCUUGUCUGGCCUUGCUGCGUUGUUCACCUGGGGAUCAAUUUGUUUGGCUCAUAUUCGAUUCCGCAAUGCAUGGAAGUAUCAUGGGCACACGAAUGACGAGAUUCCCUUCAAGGCUAUUGGUGGAGUUUAUGGCUCUUACCUUGGGCUGGGAAUAAUUGUCCUUGUGCUGAUUGCCCAGUUCUAUGUUGCCAUCUUCCCAGCUGGAAAUGAUGGGGAGAUGAACGAUGCCGCUGGCUUCUUCAAGUCGUAUCUGGCAUUCUUUGUGGUCGCUUUCUUCUGGUUGAUCGGUUAUGCGUGGAAGAGAACUGGGUGGCUGAAGCUUGGCCAGAUCGAUGUCGAUAGUGGUCGUCGCGAAAUUGACUGGGAGGUGCACCGCGCCGAGGCGGAGAAAAGGAGAAAUGCAGGACCGUUCAAAAAGGUCAUGUACUUCAUGUUCUAG